GGGGGCGGUUUUCUCACCGGAGGGCGGCAUGCCCUUGAGGAAUCCAUUUGCAUGCGGUCCACCCUCUUCUAUUCUUUGCGCGUGGCAGAGACCUUGGCCAAGUCCCAUCAGAUUCCCGUCCCAAAGUAUUGUCAGCCUCCCAUGAAAGCUCCGAAGGUCCCCUGGACCUGCCACCUGCCUGAAGAUGGGUGCCUUCUCAGCCCUGACGUGCAGGUCUUCCGUGGUGGCACGGAUGCGGGAUACCCCUUCUUGCCGCAGGUCGUGCGUGUACCGAUAAUCAGCGCGGCCAUGCCGAACUGCAACCGACAGGUUCGUGACGCUCCAGUGGAUGCACCGCCAGAUGCCACUAAGUAUCAAGAGAUGAUCCUCAAAAAGUUUGACACCAUGCUCGGAGUGGCCUUUGAUGCUUUGGGGCGUACGGGUGCGCUGGUGCUUCCGGACUUAGGAUGUGGUGCCUAUGGCAAUGAUCCCAGCGAGGUAGGACGCUUGUUGGGCCAAGCGCUCAGCAGGCAGCCCGGGCUUUUCCUGGAGGUUCAUUUGGUGGGACAAGCAGCCUUCGCUGAUGCGGCUGAAUCAGCUGCGCGCUGAUGGAAUGGAUGACUCAAAAGGUGUAGAAAUUCGGGCGGACGAGGGAUGUGCAAGGGGUGCUCUUUUUGGAGUCAACCUGCCAAAACACUCCUGUGGCAUCCUGUGGCAAGUUGCAGAGUUGGGAGAUGUUGGAGAACUUGUUGACUGAUCGUUCUGAAAUCGACUCCAGUCUGAGUCUUGCAUGCUCGUGCUGGGCAUCCUAUGCUUUGCAAUCUUCGGGAGUAGAAUCUAUACGUAUAGUAUCUAAGAUUUCAGUGCUCUCAGAAAUGCAGA